AUGUCAGAUUCCAAUGCCGAUCUUGGGGAGAAGCCGCCAUCGCCUUCGACGAGGGCGGCAGAUCCGUUCGCAUCCCCUUCUCCUCCUUCAUUUGAACCUCGACCCGUAUCAGCAGACAACGAAGCAGUCGCGUCACGAUACCUGAUCAAACGGCCCAAAGCGCUACAAUGGUUCCACAACGGCAGGCUAGAGCGGGAAUCCGAGGAGGAGCGUCAGGCUGGGCGCUUCGAGCUGUUCCUCGACCUACUGUACGUCGCGCUCGUGGCGAACUUCGCAGAGGACCUGGCCGAACACCCGUCUGGCGCCGAACUGGUCAAGUAUUUGUUGAUCUUUGCGCCAGCGUGGCACAUCUGGAGCGACCUGCGCGAGAUCAUGAACUCGUACUACAACGACGACCUGGUUCAGCGUGGCGUGAUCCUGUGGGUCAUGGCCCUGAUGGUGCUCUACGGAAACAACGCCCGGCUUGUUGCAGACGACAUUGGCGCCAUGAGGACGGUGGUGGGCGCCUUCAUGGUAGCCCGCCUAACGGUAGCGGCGGUCUACCUCAUCUCCUCGUUCGCCAGCUUCCAGCACCGCACACAAGCCAGAGUCAUGGCUGCAUUCAUCACGGUGGGCGUGCUCAUCUGGAUCCCUCUAUAUUUUGAACAUGUGAGCUUGCGGGCUAAGAUUGCUGUUGCCGUCGUGGGCAUCGUCUACCACGAAGUCGCCUGGGUCAUCACGUUCGGGACCUGGAUCAAGAGACACCUGAACCUUGAGUACAGCACCGCCGUGGACAUCAACCAUGAAAUCGAUCGACUCGCGGCCUUUUACAUCAUCAUCCUCGGCGAGUAUCUUUACAGCAUCGUCGUGGGCGAUCCUGCCGCGAUCGGACUGAAUAUGGGUCUGUUGAAGGCCGUGUGGACGCUGAUCAUCGCCUUCUGCCUCAACUGGCUGUACGUGAACGGCGACGGAAGUCUCAGCAGUGUGCACCCGAUUCGGCGCUCCGUUACCACAGCGUUCGCCUUCUUUAGUCUGCACAUGCCGCUGGCCGCGUCACUCCUGGUCGGCGGUCACAUCUGCGCCGUGAGCGCGGGGCAGGCUGAGCUCGACUCAGGCGAGCGCUGGCUGCUAGGGGGCGGACUGGGCGUGGGCAUGUUCUGCCUGUGGCUCCUUGCGAUGCUGUUUCGCGUGGAAGACUCCUGCGAGCUGAUUCUGCCCAAGACGGCCCGCGUCGCCAUGAGACUCGUCGUCGCCGUCAUCCUGGUCCUCCUACCCUUGGUCCACCACGACCACUUCGACCCCGUGCAGCUGCUGAGCACCGUCACAGGUCUGAUCGUCUUCGUCACCGUCUGGGAGACCGUGGGCGGAUUGAGGAAGGGAUCGAAAGUGUAUGAGAAAUGGGAAGCGAGGAACCCGCGCAGCGACUGA